AUGCAAAAUUUUUGCUCCAACGUGCAAUGUGAAUGUGAAUGCGUUCGCCGAAUAAAUUCGUCCACAAAAUGCGCGCAAUAAUAAUUUCCAUUAGUUUUUACGAUUUCUGCCGUUUCGGCAAGAAAACCAGUAGUCGCCAGCACAUUUUAUUUAUUGCAAUUGCUUUUGGCGAAGUCUUGUCUACCUCACCCGCCGACCUGCGCAUAACAAUAACCCGGCAAGUUAUCAGUGUGCAACCGGACGCAGAGCGCGUAAGCCACCGAAGAUACCCGUCGACGAUAGCCGCAUUUUAAGUGCCCCACAACGAAACCCAACCAAGUUAUUAAAUCCAUCAUGCACGUCCGCGCCGGCACGAAAUUCGGCUUAUGUUUAUUAUUAUUAGCCCUUGUGGUAAUCGGCGUGCACGGCAAAGAAGAGCACAAGACGAAUAAAUCGCACGCGCAUGAAGACGAGAAGAAGAACGUUGAGGCGAAAUCAACGACGCCAGUGCCCUGCACGUGCGGCAUCUUCCUCUCCGGCCAGUUUAAGAAAGGUUCCAAAGCUGCCCCCAAGGGCGAACCGGUCAUCACCGAGGAGCAGGAUGCGCACUUCGCGCACAACUCGAUCGGACAGCGGCAAUGCGCCAACAAAUGCAUCGAGAGCAUAAUUAAGUAUUUGCCGAAGAGCGCCGACAUCAUUUGCUCGACGAUCGACCGCGACUGCCACAAGGAGAAAGCCUACUUGUUCACCAAGAACUACAACGACAAGUGGAUCAACAGUAACAUGUCCGCCGGAAGAGCCUUCUGUUGCAAAGAUAACAAACCCUACAAAUGUCCAAUGAUUUAAAUCUUUUAUAAAUGUUGUAGAAGCGGAAAUAAAAAAUAAAACUCAAGUGAUCGA